GUUUUGACCAUCCACGGCUACCUGCACCUCUUCCUCCCCGACCCCAAGGACCCCAAGGGUGCCAAAACGGCCGCAGAUGGUGAUGACACGCCGUUGGAGCUAGUGGAGGCUGACGUCAAGGCCUCGGUCUAUGCACCAAGGGCCACGAAGUGCGUCUUCCAACGCAGGGGGCAGGAGCUGGUGCUGGACCUGGCAGAGGCCUCAGCCGACCCCGGCGACGGCACCGGCACGGCCAGCGUUGGCGAGGCCAGUGGCAGCUCCACGGGCUGGCGGAAGUGGUUUGCGAAGGCGGAGAAGACGGAGCCCCUGAGGCGGAUCCAUGCGAAAAUGUCGGACCCGCAGCAGUUUGUGGAGCUGGAGAACCACUGCCACAACUUCGUUCGACGGGGACAAGCCCUUCGGAGUGCCAGUGGAUCACCAACUGCUGGAUAUGGAGCAAAGAACUCCAGUUGA